UAAACAUUGCCAGAGGUUUGGGAGUAUGGAAGAAAACGAGGAGACAAAAAGCUUAACUGCUCGCCAAAUGGAGGAUGAAUGUGCAAGAAUGACUGCUUCUGAAGGGUUGGAAGAAGGAGAGGUUGAAGGGGAAACUCUACUGAUAGUUGAGUCAGAAGACCAGGCCUCAGUGGACUUGUCCCACGAUCAGAGUGGGGAUUCCUUGAACAGUGAGCUGGGUGAUGAAGGGGAAGGGUCCUGGAUGGAAGAUAUGUCUUUUUACUGUGACAAGUGUCAGAAGUGGAUACCUGCAACUCAGUUGAGAGGAGAGCACCCCAGUUACUUGCGGGGUGAUAACUUCUUCCGAUUCUGUUGCUCAGACUGUGCAGAAGAUGGGAAGGAACACUUUGAGAGACUGAAGCUUACAUGGCAACAAGUUGUGAUGUUGGCUAUGUACAACUUGUCAUUGGAAGGAACUGGUCGCCAAGGCUACUUCCGUUGGAAGGAAGAUAUUUGUGCUUUUAUUGACAAGCAUUGGGCCUUCUUAUUAGGAAACAGGAAAAAGACCUCGACCUGGUGGAGCACCGUUGCAGGCUGCCUCUCUGUGGGCAGCCCCAUGUAUUUCCGUUCGGGUGCUCAGCAAUUUGGUGAGCCAGGCUGGUGGAAGCUGGUCCACAACAAGCCUCCUGUCAUGAGGCCAGAAGGGGAGAGGCCGUCAAGCACCACGCUGAAGGCAAGAGCUGUCAAACCACCCUUAGAUCCAAUUAUUACAGUAGAAGGGCUACGUAAACGAGUGAGUCGCAACCCUGUGGAAACAGCCAUGGAAUUGAAGGAGAAACGCUCCCGCACUCAGGAAGCUAAGGACAUUAGGCGUGCUCAGAAGGAAGCUGCUACCUUCAUUGACAGGAGCACAUCUUCAACCCCAGUAAAGUUCUCCAGCAGGACUCGCAGGUCAGAACUGAUCCUGGAGAAAGGAGAAGUGAUCGACUUUUCUUCUCUGAGUUCUUCGGAUCGGACUCCACUUACCAGCCCCUCUCCAUCCCCCUCACUGGACUUCUCUGCUCCUGGGACCCCACUGUCUCAUUCAGCCACUCCUAGUCUCUUGUCUGAGGCAGACCUUAUUCCUGAUGUCAUGCCCCCCCAAGCACUGUUUCAUGAUGAUGAAGAGGGAGAUGUGGAUGGUGUUAUUGAUCCUGGAAUAGAAUAUGUGCCACCUCCCAGUGUGACCACUGGCACCAUGAUCAUAAGUAGGAAGAAAGUGAAGGCAGCUGAACAAAUUAAGUGUGAUGCGGAGGAGGAUGAGGAGAGAGCAGAGAAAAUGGAAGCUGAUAUUGAAGAACCUGAGGAUGCCAUUGAGCUGUCUCAAAUUAAUGUUCGAGAGAAGAAAAAAAUCCAAGCAGAGAGGGACGCGCAAGUCCCUGCUCCUAAGUGUAUUGCCCUCAGUCUGUAUGAUGAGAGACUUCUACUUCGAAGGCUGGAAUCUUGCCCCCACGCAGUAGCCUUGAGUGUGGAGGCCAAGCGACUGCGUCGCAAACUGCUUGUGAGACAGGCCAAGAGGGAACGUGGUUUGCCCCUCUUUGACCUGGAUCAAGCCGUUGAAGCUGCAGUAUCGUUGGUUGGUGGGGUUUAUGGAGGCAAGGCAGGUGACCGUGCCGAGAUGCCCAUGGGUGUUGGGACCUUUCGGACCACCAGUCAAGACUUUCGGAUCCUGGACCGGUACCAGAUGUCUUUUUUGCACAUGAAAGGAUAUCAGCAACACAAGACAAAAUUUAUGCACCGACUGACUGGAUCAGGAGACAUGUUAAUGAGCCAAAGCAUCAUCAGCCCGUACACAUCCCGAGUCCUCAAACCAUAUAUCAGGCGUGAUUUUGAAUGUAAUCCACCUAAACUACAACUACUGUCUGAAAUUCGGGCCUAUCCACAUCGGAGUGACCCUACCUGGAAAGCAGAAGCUGAAGCCCCUGUUGAUUACUGCUACGUCUGCCCAAAUUUUAUUCCUACAAUAAACUCGAUGUGCCAUGAAUUCUUCUGGCCAGGCAUCGACUUGUCGGAGAGCCUACAGUACCCAGAUUUCAGUGUUGUCGUCCUCUACAAAAAAGUUAUUAUUGGCUUUGGCUUCAUGGUUCCUGAUGUGAAAUACAAUCAGGCUUAUAUAUCCUUCCUGCUGGUUCACCCCGAAUGGAGGAGAGCUGGGAUUGCAACCUUCAUGAUUUACCACCUCAUUCAGACUUGCAUGGGGAAGGAUGUGACUCUCCAUGUCUCUGCCAGUAACUCUGCUAUGCUGCUGUAUCAGAAGUUUGGAUUCAAGGCUGAAGAAUACAUCUUGGAUUUCUAUGACAAGUAUCACCCCUUGGAAAGCAAGCAGUGCAAACAUGCAUUUCUUCUCCGAUUGCGGAGAUGAUCUUUUGGAAUCCAGUUAAUGUAAAAUGAAAGAACAGACCUUGUGCUUUGAAGGGUCAGACCCUGACAAACCCUCUUUUGACGUGAACUUGCAAAGCACAGACAAUUAAGUAGAAGUAAUGUCCACAAAUACCAUUACGUUUUUAGAUUGCCUUUUGAAGAAACUUUAUGACAUGUUUUGCAAAGCCAUUCUGGCAUAAAUCAUUACAAAAUUUACACAAAAUUCACAGUUGGCCAGCAGCAAGUGAAGAAUUCCCAUUAAACCUGUGUAAUGCGCUGUGAUAUUCUGAGCCAUCUGCAAAACAAAUAAAGGGGAAGAACACAAA